UAAACAAAAGUGAAAGUGCUCAUUCUUGUAUUGAAUUGUUCAGGUCGCGGGUUAACUUUAAUCAUUUAAAGAGCAGUUUAAGUAAAAAUGUUUUCGCACAACUAAUCUAAACAGAAAAAUUGGCGACGUCCAGUACAUUUAUUUGUUAUUUGUUCAGGAAGUGCUCGGUGAUGUUAGCGACACUUGCUUACAUCCUUCCGUUGUUUUAUGGGCUGCAGGGGGCUGAUGUGGUUUUGUCCUGCUCUCUGAUCGAGGAGGGUGGAGGGAUGGGGGGCAUGAUGGGCGGGGGGGUGUUCAAGCGCACCCCUUCCACUCUUGUCUUCAGGGAUCUUGUUGAGAAUGCAGGUCUGUCACCAGAGCUUGUGACCCCGUUUAACCCGCCCGAGACCCCCAACGCAGAUGAUCUCAUCUUUGAGCUGUUGUUGCCAUCUAUUCAGAUUCCUGAUGCAGAUUCUCUUCUUCACGCUGACUGUAAUGAACAGAACAUAGUUUGUGAGAUCAGCCGCUAUGUUCCUCGUGAUGCUGAGCCAGAUUCCCUACCUGCUCAUUUCAUUGGCUCAGUUCAGCUGGAAGGGGCGGGCCUAAGCCUCACUCUGGUGCUACAGACCUCUCCCAGUGAGACAGUCGAAUCUGACAGACCUCCACUGAUGCAGAGUAAACUCAAUCUGCCUCUCAGCCAAUCAGGAACAUUGCUGACUGCUGUUGUGUUUGUGGUGUUCUCGCGUGUACCGUCCAUUGUGGCGCCUAUAGGAGGUGAUGUACUGUUAGACUGUGGCUUUAGACAGAAGGACUCGAUACCCGGGCAGGAUGUGGCACUUGAGUGGCGUAUACAGCACAGAGGGAACGGACGCAAAAUCCUUGAUAUGAAAGUGAGAGAGAUGGAGGGAGAAGUGGGAUCAGAUGUGCUAGUGGAGCGAGAAGGCACGAGUGCAGAAGCGGAUCUGCUGGUGAGAGAAGGCAAUGCAUCUCUGACUCUUCAGAAGUUAAAGGUCAGCGAUGAAGGCACAUACAUCUGCACUGUGGGCUCUGGAGAGUUUCAGACACAACAGGUCAUCCAAGUGCACAUUACACAGCCCCCUCUUGUCUCGCUCUCUGAAGAGAAACUGACAUUUCAAGACAAGGAGCCCAAGAAACUCAGCUGUGAAUGUCAACGAUAUUACCCUCUGGAUGUGCAGGUGGAGUGGUUAUCCCAGCGACCCUCUGAUGAAGAGCCCGUCUCUUUCUCUAAACAUUCCUCCCUCUCUAGUCAUCGGCAGCACAGUGACGGGACAUAUUCGCUCUCAUCUUACCUCACAUUAAGGCCUAAUGAUCACCCCCCCGACACGGUCGUCACUUGCAGGGUCUCUCACACCGCCCUAGACACACCCACCGAAGUCGCCCUUACUGUGGGGAAACCAGAACCAGAAACUGUGUUUUGGACUGUUGUCUUAAUGGUGAUGAUUUCAGUGGCGUUUUUGUAUCAAGCCUUAAAAUGCAGACAGCUGGGCCAGUCAUAAAAGAAGAUUGAAAUGGGACAGUUUUUCUUUCAUCUUUCAUCAACUUCCGUCUUCAAAUUGGUGUAUAUUUUAAAUGUUUUCAGUGUGUACAUUUGUUUAAUGUCAAGAAAAGGUUCUUAGAUAACUUAUUCCUUAAAUUUUGAGUAUUUUUUAUGUUUUAUUGGUUGAGAAAUGUUCUUGCUUUAAUAAACAAAGACAGACAAGAA